AUGCUGCUUGAAAAUCUCAUCCAGACCUUGGCCAUUCAUGGCGGCAUGUUCCGCCAUGUGUUACGACCCUGCCUUUUGCUUCUUGUCUUGGUCAUCACGCUACUCAUCGUGGCCUCUUUCGCCACACUUGCCGGCAACAUGGUCAUUGCUCCGCUUCUCCGGAGCAUGGUCGUUUCUUCGUUUCUCGGGAAUGUGACCGUUGCUUCGCUUCUCGGCAAGUACAUGCUCGUUGCCCAGUCAGCCAUCUUGCCCAUGGCAGAGGCCACCACCACCAACAUGACCAGCAACGAGAUGUUCAACAACAUCUGCCACCUCCACUUCCGCAUCCAUGACUCCCACCCGGCGAACGAAUUCGAGACCCUCUUUGAGUUACUCGACCUGGACCAUACCCAAGCUCCUUUCGACAAGCCUAACGAGUGGGUCCGUCCUGGAGCUCCCUUGCACGAGAGGGCAUACAGCGUGAUUGUACUGGCGUGGUCGAAGCGGAUGGUUGGACUGGUGGAUCAGCGUGCCUCUGUUGCCGACGGACUACACCACUGGGAUGUCUUGAAGCUAUUCAUCUAA